AUGGCAGAUAAAACUGUAAGCGCUGCCACAUCAUUUUCCCUGGCUGUAUCUACCGCAAAAGUUGCAACCGCAAGCACAAGUUCCACUACCAGUAUUACUGAAACACCUGCAUCAACACCUUUAUCAGCAUUUGUCGCCCCUUCUGCAAAGCAAUCCUCGAUAUCAGUUGCGGUUCGUGUACGACCUUUUACAACAAACGAAAACAAUAAAUUAAUAAGAAAUGACGAUGAUGAGAUGCUCAUGGGUGAUGGGUGUUUGUCCACGCCAACAUCUCAGCAGCAAUCUUCUAGUUCACAAAAAAAAGUUUUUGCUCCCAUAGGGUUAAGGAAAAUUAUCAAGGUGGUUGAUGAUCGCAUGUUAAUUUUUGAUCCACCCGAAACAAACCCAAUUGCCAAGAUGCAAAAAAAUGCUUUCCCCAAUAGCUUUAAAGGAUCAAGAAUACGCGAGCACAAGUUUGUGUUUGAUCGAUUAUUUGACGAAGACACGGCGCAGGAUGAAGUUUACCACAAUACUACAAAACCUUUAUUGGAUUCUGUUUUAGAUGGGUACAAUGCAACUGUUUUUGCGUACGGAGCAACGGGAUGUGGAAAAACACACACUAUUCUGGGCACACCUGAACAACCAGGUGUCAUAUUCUUAACAAUGAAGGAGUUGUAUGAAAAAAUCAAUGAGCUAAAAGAUACAAAAAUCAUUGAUGUUAGCCUUUCAUACCUUGAGAUUUACAAUGAAACAAUUAGAGACUUGCUUACACCUGAAACUGAUUUUAAAAAAUUGAUUAUACGCGAGGAUUCAAACCAAAAGAUUUCAGUUUCGAAUUUAUCGACACAUCGUCCAAACUCCGUUGACGAAGUUAUGGAACUUAUUCUCAGAGGGAAUAUGAAUCGUACCUCCAGUCCCACAGAGGCAAAUGCCACAUCAAGCAGAUCGCAUGCAGUGUUACAAAUUAAUGUUGUGCAAAAGAAUCGGACCGGGGAUAUCACCGAAGAUCAUACUUUUGCCACGUUGUCAAUUAUCGACUUGGCAGGUAGUGAACGUGCUGCAGCAACGAAAAAUAGAGGUGCAAGACUUAACGAAGGCGCCAAUAUCAACAAAUCAUUAUUAGCAUUGGGCAAUUGCAUUAACGCGUUAUGUGACCCACGGCGACGAAACCACGUACCGUAUAGGGAUUCAAAGUUGACGAGAUUGUUGAAAUUUUCACUUGGCGGCAACUGCAAAACAGUAAUGAUUGUAUGUGUUUCGCCAAGCAGUCAACACUAUGAUGAAACAUUGAAUACUUUGAAAUAUGCGGACCGAGCAAAGGAAAUCAAAACAAAAGUGAUGAGAAACCAACAGAGUUUGGAUCGUCAUGUUGGCUCAUAUCUAAAAAUGAUUACUGAGCAGAAACUUGAGAUUGAGGAAUUACGAGCUAGAGAAGGUAAAGUUAUUGAAAUUGAUCGAGAAAAGCAGGAAAAACUCCGCCACGAAGCAUUUGUUUUAUUACAAGAACAGAUUGCUACCAUAAAGCGCAAUUUGUACAAAAACACCCAAGAAAGAUGCAAGAAAUGUCUUUUGCUUGCCAAAAGGAAGCUUUUGCUUCUUCAAAAAGUGCAAGUAGAGCAACUACUUUUGAAUGCAAAUAGCGGAAUGUUGGAAUCGAAUCAAGAGUCCACCAUUAGAGAUUUAUGCGAACAAAUUGUAUCUAAAUUGAACUCACAAAUUCCAGAAAUUGAAGAGCAGUAUUCCCAACAGUAUGAGGUUGAUUAUAUCUUGGGAGAUUCCGCAAUGCAAGGAUUGAGUAAAUUACAGAACGAGAAAGGCUGGACCGAGUACCAUACCACAAUUUACAUGCAACAACUUGAAAACUUGAGCAAAGAAGUGCAAAUUGAUCAAUUGGUCAAGUCCCUGGCGUUAUUUGACCAGUUGAUUAGAUCAAUGUACGAGUUCAUAUAUCUCGGUAUAGAGGGAGAAAUUGUAAAUGUGUUGCAAAACUUGGUCAAUGGCAAUUUCGAAACCGCGCUACAAUACCAUGCUAGUGAAUAUAUAAGAGAAAGACUUUGGUAUCAGCAGCCAUUAAAUAAUUCCGCACAGCAUCCACUACAGCAACAUGAUUCUAAUUCCCUAAGUUCUCUUCCAUUAAAGAAACUUCGUGGUUUCAAAAAUAACACGCAUUCCUCUUCAAAUAAGACAUCGCCAACAAGAACAUCACCUCUUAAGACAUCGCCUACUAGAGCGUCGCCAACAAGAUCAUCACCAAUGAAGCCACCGCUCAAACGUAUAAAGAGCUCUCAGAAUCGCAAAGCUAAAAAGGUUUUUAGAUGGGGUGAAGGUGCUCAAACAACAGAAAAUGUUGCACCAAAUACAAAGGCUCCCGAUGGCCCACAGCAGUUGCACCAUCAGCAUCAAUCGCGGCAACAGCGGCAAAUGGACUCGAGUUUUGAUGACACUGUUGUAAACACUUCUGCACUGGCAAUGCUCGAUACACUAGAGCAAGGAUCUCCUACAAUAGAUCACGUACUCGAUUUGGAUCUCCUGUUCAAUCCUGUUUUGGAAUCUCCUCAAUCUCCGCAACCACCACAACUACAAUCAACAAAUUUAUUUGCCAAAAGUCCAUUAAGCGAGAAACUGUCAAAGAAUAUACUGUGCCCCAACACAAUUGGAGAUGAACGUAAUAAAGCAGAACAAAAAAUGGAGCAGCUGAGCGGGCUGCUUGUAAAUCGACGAUUGAAUGCGAGUUUAAUUGAACUGCGAAGGCCCCUUUUGAAUACACUGGCUGCAUCGAGACUAACCCAAACUGAAGAUUGA